CGAAAGGUUGGCGACUGCGCCAUCGUGGGCUUCCCUGGGAGAGCCCGGCGCGACCUCAGCCUGCUGUGGCGCAGAGGAUCCGGGCCGCGAGGCCCGACGGGGCGCCCAGCAUGUGGGACCCGCAGGAGUUUGAACGUCACUGGAAGGCCGAAUUCCCCGGGGAGGAUGCACCGGUCAUGAGGCUGGAGUCGGUGCUGGACAUGGAGCGGGAGCUGGAGCGCUGCAAAGUCAACCUGAAGCGGCUGCAACAGGUGUUGGCCGAGGAGAAGUUCAAAGUCUUGUACCUGCAGGCGGCCCUGGCCGGGAAGAAGAUGGACCUAGGCUGCGAGGAUCCGGCGGGAGGAGAAGGCGACAGCCCCGUAGCCACGGCGGAGGAGCGGGCGCCAGCGGAGCCGGGGAGGGCUCCGCCACAGCUGGAGGAAAAGGGCGCAGCGGGUGGCGACGCAGACCCCGCAGGCCCUUCAGGCUCACCAGGCUCCUCAAGCACCUCGCAGCCGGACUCGAAGGAGGCGGGGAAGGCCGAGCCUCCCCCCUACGUGUGCCUAGAUCUUCCUACCUGGCCGGUGCCGGCGGAGGGAGGGGGCGCGGUGCGCAGCUUGACUGCUGCCAUCCACCAGCAGCUAGUGCAGCCUCGCCUCCUCUUCAGGCUAAAGGAGGACUGCGCGCCCCCGGGCCACGAUGGCACCGUUCCUACCCUGCCCAGGGAGGAGCAGUCCUCAGGGACCCGCGCAGGGAGGGGUUCGGAAGAGGGAGAGCCGGACGCUCCCGGCGCGGAUGAUGGGGGCGACAGCAGUGAUCACGACUUCGAGAUAGUGGAUUUGAACGAGAAAUUCGUCCUCGGCCACUUGCUUGUGGCCCCCUGCCGGUUCGGGACCCGCGAUGAGACCGAGAAGCCGGCGCGGGCGUGUAGCCCUCACCGCUGGAUUCACCUGUUCCCCGGGGGCCGGCGGCAGCAGCGCCGGAGCCGAGACCUAGAGCAGCUGGAGGCAGAAGCCAAGGAAGGUCGGGCCCAGCUCCCGGCGGAGGAUGAGCCUCCCAGACGCGGGGUACGUGAUCACUUCCCCCAGUGGGGGCGCAAGAGGUUUCUGUGGGUGCCGGAGAAGGACUCGCCCAUUCACAGCUCGCCCGAGAGAGGCAGCGACUGCAGCCACAACAGCUCAGACCACGAGGACGGCUUCUCUGCAGACUUCAGCUACGGGGCCGACGACUACGACGCAGAGGGGCAUGAGGAGCAGAAGGGGCCCCCCGAGGGCUCGGAGACCAUGCCGUACAUCGACGAGUCGCCCACCAUGUCACCCCAGCUCAGCGCCCGCAGCCAGGGUGGCGGGGAUGGCAUCUCUCCCACUCCACCCGAGGGGCUGGCACCUGGGGUGGAGGCAGGGAAAGGCCUGGAGAUGAGGAAGCUGGUUCUCUCUGGCUUCCUGGCCAGUGAAGAGAUCUACAUUAACCAGUUGGAAGCCCUGUUGUUGCCCAUGAAACCCCUGAAGGCCACAGCCACCACGUCCCAGCCUGUGCUCACCAUCCAGCAGAUUGAGACCAUCUUCUACAAGAUCCAGGACAUCUAUGAGAUCCACAAGGAGUUUUAUGACAACCUCUGUCCCAAGGUGCAGCAGUGGGACAGCCAGGUCACCAUGGGCCACCUCUUCCAGAAGCUGGCCAGCCAGCUUGGUGUGUACAAAGCAUUUGUGGAUAACUAUAAAGUCGCUCUGGAGACAGCUGAGAAGUGCAGCCAGUCCAACAACCAGUUCCAGAAGAUCUCAGAGGAACUCAAAGUGAAAGGGCCCAAGGACUCCAAGGACAGCCACACAUCAGUCACCAUGGAAGCUUUGCUCUACAAGCCCAUUGACCGAGUUACUCGGAGUACCCUGGUCCUACACGAUCUUCUGAAGCACACACCUGUGGACCAUCCAGACUACCCACUGUUACAGGAUGCCCUCCGCAUCUCUCAGAACUUCCUGUCCAGCAUCAAUGAAGACAUUGACCCCCGCCGGACUGCAGUCACUACUCCCAAGGGGGAGACGCGGCAGCUGGUGAAGGACGGCUUCCUGGUGGAAAUGUCGGAGAGCUCCCGGAAGCUGCGGCAUGUCUUCCUCUUUACAGAUGUCCUGCUGUGCGCCAAGCUGAAGAAGACCUCUGCAGGGAAGCACCAGCAGUAUGACUGUAAGUGGUACAUCCCCCUGGCCGACUUAGUGUUCCCAUCCCCCGAGGAGUCUGAGGCCAGCCCCCACGUGCACCCCUUCCCAGACCAUGAGCUAGAGGACAUGAAAAUGAAGAUCUCUGCCCUCAAGAGUGAAAUCCAGAAGGAGAAAGCCAACAAAGGGCAGAGCCGGGCCAUCGAGCGCCUCAAAAAGAAGAUGUUUGAGAAUGAGUUCUUACUGCUGCUCAACUCCCCCACAAUCCCGUUUCGGAUCCACAAUCGGAAUGGAAAGAGCUACCUGUUCUUACUAUCCUCGGACUACGAGAGGUCAGAGUGGAGAGAAGCAAUCCAGAAACUACAGAAGAAGGAUCUCCAGGCCUUCGUCCUGAGCUCAGUGGAGCUCCAGGUACUCACGGGAUCCUGUUUCAAGCUUAGGACUGUACACAACAUUCCUGUCACCAGCAAUAAAGAUGAUGAUGAGUCUCCAGGACUCUAUGGCUUCCUCCAUGUCAUCGUUCACUCUGCCAAGGGGUUUAAACAAUCAGCUAACCUGUACUGUACCCUGGAGGUGGAUUCCUUUGGCUAUUUUGUCAGUAAAGCCAAAACCAGGGUGUUCCGGGACACGACAGAGCCCAAAUGGGAUGAGGAGUUUGAAAUCGAGCUGGAGGGUUCUCAAUCCCUGAGGAUUUUGUGCUAUGAGAAGUGCUAUGACAAGACCAAGGUCAACAAGGACAACAAUGAAAUCGUGGACAAGAUCAUGGGCAAAGGGCAGAUCCAGUUGGAUCCACAAACUGUAGAAACCAAGAACUGGCACACAGAUGUGAUUGAGAUGAAUGGGAUCAAAGUGGAAUUCUCCAUGAAAUUCACCAGCCGGGACAUGAGCCUGAAGAGGACCCCAUCCAAAAAGCAGACCGGCGUCUUUGGGGUGAAGAUCAGUGUGGUGACUAAGCGGGAGCGCUCCAAGGUGCCCUACAUCGUGCGGCAGUGUGUGGAAGAGGUGGAGAAGAGGGGCAUCGAGGAGGUUGGCAUCUACCGGAUAUCAGGAGUGGCCACGGACAUCCAGGCACUGAAAGCUGUCUUUGAUGCCAAUAACAAGGACAUCCUGUUAAUGCUGAGUGACAUGGACAUCAAUGCCAUUGCUGGCACCCUCAAGCUGUAUUUCCGGGAACUGCCUGAGCCUCUCCUCACAGACCGACUUUACCCAGCCUUUAUGGAAGGCAUCGCCCUGUCAGACCCUGCCGCCAAGGAGAACUGCAUGAUGCACCUGCUCCGCUCCCUGCCCGACCCCAACCUCAUCACCUUCCUCUUCCUGCUGGAACACUUGAAAAGGGUUGCCGAGAAGGAGCCCAUUAACAAAAUGUCGCUUCACAACCUGGCCACCGUGUUUGGCCCCACGUUACUGAGACCCUCAGAAGUGGAGAGCAAAGCACAUCUCACAUCGGCUGCAGACAUCUGGUCCCAUGAUGUCAUGGCACAGGUGCAGGUCCUCCUCUACUACCUGCAGCACCCCCCCAUCUCCUUUGCAGAACUGAAGCGGAACACACUGUACUUUUCCACUGAUGUGUAGCCCGAGGAGGGGUGGCUGUGGGGGGUGGCCAGAGCCAGCCCCUCCAGCCAGAGCCCAACACAGACUUGAAAGACUGCAAUAGAAACUCCCCAGCCCAGCACUCCAGACUCCAAGGGAAGCCAACUUCCAAGAACUGGAAUAUGUGCAUCUUUUGUGCCACCUUGUACAAAGCCAGCUGACCAGCCCCCGGCCUCACCGCCAACCCCGGCUCCUGCCCUCUGUACCUCUAGUUGUGUCUAAUGCUCCGUGCUGUUUGGGAAUUGUUUAAUGUCUAUCUGUCAUGCAGAAAAGGUAGUGACCGACCAUGUGUGGGCACACAGCCUGCUUUAUUCUUUCAUUUCCCCCAAGCCUUUCUUUCCUCCUGAGUCCAGUCCAAGGGCUUUUAUUUGGCACUCUGUAGAUGCCACCAGCUUCUCCUUUCUUGGCCCUGCUCCUAGACUGUAGCCUCCCCUCAGUGUCCUCCACCCUUGCCUCUGUCCCAGCCCGCCACAUGCAUGUGCAGCUUCAGUUUUUGCUCCAAACACCUGGAAAGUUCUGCAGAGGUCCUGGGCAGCAGUGGUGGCCUAUCCAAUGCACUGCCCUGGGCCUCUCCCCACCCUCCACUGUGGGAGCACACCUGCUUGCCUUGCUGCCUGUGCAAAUGUUGGACAAGGAGACAGACUCACACUAAUCCCACGCUUUAGCACAGAGCUGGAGGGCUGAUUUCUGGGGUUUGUCUGCUCUGUCUCCUGCUUAGCAGUGAGGCGUCUUUGACUGUUUCUUCUACUGCUGAAUUUUCAGUUUUUUCCCCCUGGAGUUCUAUUUCCUUUGAGUAUAAAGACCCACAAGUGACCUGCUAUCAAGAGAGCCAGAGGGUCAGGAAGGCGUCCGGGGAGGUAGGAGAGUCCAGGCUGCUGAGGAAACAAGCCAGGUGGAACAGUCAGCACUGGCCUGAGUUGCGGGGAAGCUGCACUUGGCAGUGAGUUACAGAGGCUUUCCUGAUGGAGCCAGGCUUCCUGGAGGGCAACUUCUGUGGCUGGUGCAGGUGUCCAGAAGCAUGCAGGCUCCAUCUUGGAGGCUGCCUGGCACCUCACAUACCUCGUGGUACUUUUGCCUUAGAUUUUACACUCUCCACAGCCGAGCACUGCCACGGGGCAGCCCCAACUGCCACGUGCGCUCCAGACCCUGGGAAAGGAAGGCACAAUCCAGCAGUUGCCAGCCAUCACGGUGCUGCCCUUGCCCCAGCUUCUAGAUGCAGCUUUGUGGAUGAACUCUGGAAACUCCCAGAAAUUAGAGGAUGAAGAAUCACAGGCACCUGCCUCUCUUGGGACUGGGUUUUGCUGGGGAACCUCAUUGUUGACACUGCAGGGGAUCAAGAGGUGCCAUUCCCAACUUUGAGACCCAUUGCUCAGUACUGGAAAGGAGUAAUAUUUAUUCCCAAAGUGCCAGCAAAAGGGGCUUGAACCUUUGCACAACUCCCUGGCUUUUCUAUGUGCCAGCGGCCAUUCUAGGCUCUUAGGAUUAGGGAAAACAGCUCCCACUGCUCGUGCUCAGGGGUAAGUCUAAAGGGUUUGUUGGCCCUGAAGCAGGAGUACUUGCUUGGAGAGAGGCAGGGGCCUUCCUGAUCUACUUUAUACCUGUCGCCAGUGGAACAGUAUACUCUUCACGCUGGAAUAGGGAAAUGCUGACCAUUCAGCUGCCUGUUAGCAGCUUAGCAAGGAGCCCUGCUCCCUGGGGCAAGUGAAGGAAAAGAUCCCACCAUCUGACCAUUCCUGAAGUCUCCGCUUGGCACUUGGUAUGUGGUAUGGAAGAUUCUUGCUUCCAGAAGAUUGUCAGUUACAAAUUAGAGGCCCAGCUAGAGUUAAUUACAGCCCAAAUGGGUGUCUCCUGCCUCCCCCAAAUACAGAAUGUUUGCUUUUCAGUGUCAGACAGCUACUGCAGCCCCCAGCUUGCUUAGGCAAUAUGAGAACAGGAAGGCUGGAAGAGCUGAGAAAUGCAAAAGGCUUAUAAUAUUUAUAAAUUCCACUGAGUGGGGAGGGUCGGGUGCCAGACAUGGACUAAGCUGCACCGAGGAAAUAAAUACCUGGUGGGUUCUCCUGAGCCAGGGACUGCAGCCCAGAACCCCCAGUCACUGUACUUAGCAGGGCAGCCUGUGCCAACAGGACUCGAAGGGACAGGCUACAGGAGUCCCAGGGAUGCCUGUCCUUGCUGGGCAAUGGGUGAGGGCUGCCAGUUUUGCUGAUAGAGGUAGGAUGGGACCCUUCAUUAAUAUUUGACUUUAAUAAGUUGGUAAGGAUAUAUUUUUUUGUCUCUGUUCUGUUUCAAUUUAUGUAGAUUAUUAUAAAUUGAUGUAAACCAUGUGAAAGGAAAAUGUUAAUAAAAAAAUGCAAAGCCCCAACAUUUGCACAAAACUCA